AUGGCUUCAUCAUGUAUAUGUUCUUUAACAGUGACAUCAAUCUUCUCACUAAUCAAACGAAACUCCAUUCUCUCUUUUACUUCUACUCCUUUUUCUCUCACUGCAUUUUUUGAUUUUCUGUUGAUUGCAGUGUCACUUCUGCAACAACAAAUCACAAUGAAAGGUAAAAAAAGAGCAGAGAGACAAAACAAACGAGAGAGUGCAGUAACAGGCCUAAAAUUGUUUAAACAAACCCUCACUGAUUACCAACCAGCCUGGAACCACAAUCUGCAAGAAUACCACAGACAUCAGAAAGGCAAAACAAAAUGUCCUUGCAAAUCCCAAUCGGAUGAGCAAUAG